CGCCUGGAUCCCGGAAGCUUCCGUUGGGGAGCAUGUGUUUUGACUCAUAGCCCCUCCAGCCCCAAAUUUGUCUGUGGCGUGCCUGAUGCUCCCAGGAAGUUAGUACACAAACACUACUUAACGGUGGAGUUGGGGACUUAAGAUAAUCUGCCUUCAAACACAAAGCUUUUCCUACUGCAAUGCAGCUGUUGUGAGCAGCUGCUGAAAUAAAAGAGCGUUGUGCUCUGCAACUCGGCCCUUUCCCAAGUACACCACUGAAGGACGGUCAGGUUAGGACCGGGGAGUAGUAAUAGCCUGCAAAGCAGGGCGAAAUCACCCACGGCUCUUCCACUCUGCGCUUGGGCAGAGGAGGAAUUAAACUCCCCGGAAAGACGCCUGGGACUCUGAGUUUGCGCAGGCGCAGAGCUUCCUCAAGGCGGAACUGGGGCGACCCGGGCUCCUGCAACCUAAACACCCGGGGAGAAAGGAAGGUGGCAGACGUGCAGCGGUGCGCAUGCGCGGGCACUUCUCUCAGGUGAAGGGCUGAGAGCCGACCCGGGCGGCCAGCUGGGCUGAGAGCGGAGUAGGGUCAGGAUGGACGAAGACGUGCUGACCACCCUGAAGAUCCUCAUCAUCGGCGAGAGUGGCGUAGGCAAGUCCAGAGGCGGACACUCCACAGAGGCUGCUGCGCACCUUCCAGAAGGAGGAAGGAACAGCAAAGUCAGCAAUGGAAGCAAAGGAAGAUGGUGUUGGUGUUAUUGAAAAUGUGCCACCAGAACAGACAGUUAAUGGCAGUUUGACUUCUGCUGGUGGAGUGCAUAAAAAUGACAGAAGUGAUAUGAUGUCAGCAUUAGAAUUAGGAGAAGAGGAAGAUGUAGAAUCACUUUCUCUUCCUGAGAAUAUGUCUGAGAAUCCCAACAAAUAUGUUCCUCGUUUCUCUGGAGCUGCGGAUCAGAAAGGGCAAAGUAUAUUAAAAGGACAAGUAGAAGGAGCAGAUAAGAACGCUGAGGAAGACUCUAUAACCAGGCUUUCCGACAAACCUGGUCCUGAUGAUUCAUGGCCUACAUCGGCUAGCCAAGACUUCGAUUUUGGUACCAAGAAUGUCCCAAAACCAUGCGUAGCAAAGCUACUGCAUUCUUCUUGGCAAUUUAUGAAACAUAAACAUGAGAGCAAAACGUGGCACUGUGAAACCAGAAGGUGGAACCUUAUUUGAGGACAACAAUCCUGAUUCUGAAAAUAAAGAUAUGGCUGAAACUCUUUCCAAACCACCAGCCAGAGUUUAUGGCGAUCCUCUUCCUGUUUUACCAUCAUCGAAAUCUCUUCUGAAACCUCUCAAGACGUUAGCUGUCCUUGGUCUUGCAAAGGCCACAGGCCUCAGACUUGCAGAAGGCACCAUGAGGAGGGCAUGGAAGGAGAGAAGUUAUCAAAGCACCCCAGAUGGCCUCAGACGGCCAGGAAGGACGACACGGCCCUUGGGGAUGACCGCACCCUGGGUCGCGUUUGGGUCUCUCCGUCCAACUGCCUCUGCCC